AGGAAACCAGACGGAAAAGAGCGCAUGCGCAGUGCGAGAGAGACCGAGCGAAGGGGGGAAAAAACGGCUCUUCCCAUCUUGGUCCGGGGUUCCGUUCGAGGCGGAAGAGGAAGAGGAAGCGGAAGAGGAAGGCCUGAGGCUGGAGGUAAGCAAGCCGACCUCCGAGGAGCCCGGAGAAAGAGUAGGCCUCGUAUUCCCGGGACGAGUGAGGUUCCGCUUUAGCUGUGCAGGAGUCUUGUAAUGCAGAGAAUAGCGAAAAUGGCUCAGGCAGCAAUGGCAGCGGCAUCCAGCCACGACGAGGACUCCUCCGAAAGCAGGAUGGUGGUGACGUUCCUCAUGUCGGCCCUUGAAUCCAUGUGCAAAGAGCUGGCCAAGUCCAAAGCGGAGGUGGCCUGCAUCGCCGUGUACGAGACGGACGUCUUUGUGGUGGGGACCGAGAGAGGGAGAGCCUUUGUCAACAUGAGGAAAGAUUUCCAGAAGGACUUCGUCAAAUACUGCGUGAACGAAGAGGCCAAGGCUGUGGAGCUGCAGAAAAGCAAGUCGACGCUGCUCGAUAACCGCAUGACGGUGGAUAUCGUGGAGAUGGAAGCCCUUCGGAAGUCCGUGGAGGAUUACUUCUGCAUCUGUUACGGCAAAGCCUUGGGGAAGUCGGCGGUGGUUCCCGUCCCGUAUGAUAAGAUCCAGAGGGAUCCGUCGGCCGUGGCCGUGCACGGCCUCCCGGAAGGCCUUGCGUUCAAGCACCCCACCAACUACGACGUCACCACCCUCAAGUGGAUCCUGGAGAACAAGUCCAGCAUCUCCUUCGUCAUCAAAAGGCCUUUCCUUGAGCCAAAAAAACUCUUAGGACCUCGCAUAAUGGACCCCUCGCAUACAAUAACAUCCUCAGCUGGAAGUUGCGCUCCGAUCCAGGUGAAGAUGGAACCCAGUGAAGAUUCUGGACUCGAGAUGAUCACGGUCAAAGAGGAAUCGGAGGAUCCCGAGUAUUAUCAGUUUACCAUUCCAGGUCCUUCCGAAACUUCGGCGAUUGAUGAGAAAAUCGCCCUGGCCAAGUCUUACACAGGGAAGAACCAGGGUUCCGAUUGCAGUGAAGGAACAGAUGCGGAAUUUCCAAUAGAAGAUUCUUCUCAACAUGCUACUUCUGAAACAAGUGAGGAUCCUGAAGUGGAAGUGACCAUUGAAGACGACGACGACUAUUUGCCGCCCCAUAAGAAAACAAAGAGCACAGAACCCAUCAACGACGCCACCAACACCGGAAGGAGGAAAGCCAGGGAGUUCAAUUUUGAGAAAUGGAAUGCCCGCAUUACAGACUUAAGGAAGCAAGUGGAAGAGUUGUUUGAAAGGAAAUACGCGGAAGCCAUCAACGUCCAAGGCCCGGUGUCUAUCCCGUACCCGCUCUUCCAGUCACACGUCGAAGACUUGUAUGUGGAAGGGCUGCCCGAAGGGAUCCCUUUCCGGAGACCCUCCACUUAUGGGAUCCCUCGCCUCGAAAGGAUCCUCCUGGCAAAGGAACGGAUACGCUUCGUGAUUAAGAAGCAUGACCUGCUAAAUUCAACACGAGAAGAUCUGCCGUUGGAUAAACCUGUCGCGGGAGUGAAAGAAGAGUGGUAUGCUCGAAUCACCAAGCUAAGGAAGAUGGUGGACCAGUUAUUCUGCAGGAAAUUUGCGGAGGCCCUGGGGAGCACGGAGCCCAAAGCGGUCCCUUACCAGAAGUUUGAGGCCCACCCCACGGACCUCUUCGUGGAAGGUCUCCCGGAGAAUAUUCCCUUCCGCAGCCCGUCCUGGUAUGGAAUCCCUCGGCUGGAGAAAAUCCUGCAAGUGGGCAACCGGAUCAAAUUCGUAAUAAACAAGCCAGAACUGCUAACAGUGGCUCCUUCAGAGGUUUCGCAGCCAAGAACAAACAUGCCUGUCAAAGAAGAUUGGAAUGUCAGAAUUACAAAGCUGAGGAAGCAAGUGGAAGAGAUAUUUAAUCUGAAAUUUGGACAAGCCCUCGGCCUGAGCGAAGCCGUGAAGGUUCCUUAUCCCGUCUUCGAGUCCAACCCCGAACAUCUCUACGUCGAAGGCUUGCCCGAAGGCAUCCCUUUCCGGAGCCCGACGUGGUUUGGGAUCCCGCGGCUGGAAAGGAUCGUUCGCGGCAGCGGGAAGAUCAGAUUUGUGGUCAAGAAGCCGGAACUUGUGACCUCGUAUUUGUCUCCUGGGCUUGCAAGUCAAGUGAACACCUCCGGAUCCCAGAGCCCCAACAGUUCGAACUCGGCACCGAGUCCCGUCAGCCACCUGAAGAUCCCAGAGAUCGAAGUGACCGUCGACGAAGGGCUUGUGAAGAAGACGCCGCUUCCCGAAGGCCGGACUAACCCGCAAACCAACGGAUCGAACGUGGGCUUUAAGCCACGAGGAAGAGAGUUUUCCUUCGAGGCCUGGAAUGCCAAGAUCACGGACUUGAAGCAAAAAGUGGAAAAUCUUUUCAAUGAGAAGUGUGGGGAGGCUCUGGGGCUGUCGGAGCCGGUGCGGGUGCCCUUUGCGCUCUUUGAGUCCUACCCGGAAGACUUCUACGUGGAAGGCCUUCCCGAAGGCGUGCCCUUCCGCCGCCCGUCCACCUUCGGCAUCCCCAGGCUGGAAAAGAUCCUCCGAAACAAAGCUAAGAUAAAAUUUAUCAUUAAAAAGCCGGAGAUGUUUGAGGCCGCCGUGAAAGAAAACACCGCUGCGAUUCCGACCCCUCCAAGAAGGACCGGCUUAUCGAACCCCAUGAUGAAUGCGGGGAGCGGGCCCGAAGCGGCGCUGAGCACGGCGGCCGGAGUCCAAGACCUGAACGUCAUCCAAGUCACCAUCCCAGGAAGAACCGGCUUGUCCAACACCAGGAUGAACCCGGUCGGUGUGCCCGAAACUGCGGUCAGCACAGCGGCUGGAGUAGAAGACCUCAACAUCAUUCAAGUCACCAUUCCAGAUGACGACGAGAGAACCUCCAAAGUUGAGAAGGCCCGGCAGCUGAGAGAGAAAGUGAAUGAUCUCUUCAGUCGGAAGUUUGGGGAAGCCAUCGGCAUGGGCUACCCCGUGAAGGUCCCGUACCGCAAAAUCACGCUCAACACGGGCUGCGUGGUGGUGGACGGGAUGCCUCCCGGCGUGUCUUUCAAGGCGCCCAGUUACCUCGAGAUCAGUUCCAUGAGGAAAAUCCUGGAUUCGGCGGAAUUCAUUAAAUUCACCGUCAUUCGACCAUUCCCUGGACUCAUCAUGAACAACCAAAUACCCGAGAAGACGGAACCAGAAGCAGCAGAAGCCGUGCCCGUCCCCGAGGCAGUAGUACAAGAGCCAGUUGAACCUGACCAAGUAGUACAAGUUUCUGUGGAAGAUUCGGUACAGACUGAAGGAAACACUCAAAUAAAACAGGAGCCGGAGUCCACAUGGUAGACCUUGCCGGGAUUUGGUCGAAAUGCAUCCGGGGUUGCGACGAGUGUGCCGGGCGGCCCAGGCCUGUGUAAUAUAAGUUGUAUCGGAGACGGACCUUCUUGUCCAUCCACCCACCCACCCAUCGACCCACCCCUGGCCCCUUCCCCGAACCCCCUUUUUCUACCUUUUAGAUAGAAGUCUUGCUCUUUCCAAGUCCUAGGAGUUGACAUGAAGCGAUGAGAUGUCUUCACGAUGACGUUGACCAUGUCAAAGAGGAGGAAAUAAAGGCUGGACGUUCGAUUGUUGGGUGUUUUGGGUUUUCUGUUCAUUUCGUUCGACAAGGACUUGCAAACUUUCGAAACAUUAGCCCCUCAGAUGCGUCUCAAAGAAGAAAGAAAGAAAGAAGGAAACAUCUGCUGUUGUCCAGGUUUUAUAUUUUAUUUUUCGGGCGGGAGUUGGAACGCGUCCACAUAAAAUCUCCAUUUCUCCUUUCAUUCGCUAAUUGGAUAAUAGUUAUCUGUAUAUUUGAAAUAAUUUUUUUUCCUAUGAUAUAUAUCUCUCGACACAUAUGUUUUUAAUAAAUCAAUAAAUAAAUGAAUAAAAACUGGUUUUCCUGGC